UGCUCUCAGCAUCUGCAGCCACUGCUGACAGAAUUGGGAGGGAGACGGAGGGAGUCAGAGCCUCCCGGUCCAGCCAUCCCAUUUUACUGCUCAACUCAGCCUGGAGUGUCAGAACCCAUCUCUGCCAGCCUUCUCUGGGUUUUGUACAGUGGGGCCAGUCGCUCCCAAAGGCCAGCCAGCUGAGUAGAACGGGGGUCUAGGGUGGACCGUCAGGGUUCUGCCCGUUGGGGGUGACUUUCUAACAUUAUCUCGAGUGCAUUUGAACAGUACAACGCUUGUGGUGGGACUCAGAGAGGGGAAUGCUUUGAUUGCUUCUUUUUAAAAUUUGGCUUCUUUUUCUUCUGGUGAUCUGGAUUUGUUUCCUCGGGGCCCCUCCCCUUGUUCUGUUCUUUCUCACUCCCGCCUUUGGCGAAGUGACACAGGCGACACCUGCUCGCUUGUGUCUGCUGUUGGAACUCGCACCUCCACGGUGGUGAAGGUGCCGGCGCGCUCGUGACUGGGGGACAGCAGAGGGUUCCCUCCCUUGGAGCACACGAUGCCUAGAGUGGCGGCGGGUGGGCUGCGAGAGGCUGGACCGGCUGCACUUGAAGGCGAGAUCAAGGGGCUGCAGCUGGCCAGGAGUUGCUGCUAAGUGGACGCGACCCGACGGCGCCCAGGUGUCAGGGAGGGCACCCGUGGGACCCGAGUGCGAGCUGCGGGAACGCAGGCUUCUCUCGGGGAGGACGUCGGCUGAGCGCACAGCCCGCGAGCCUGCUCAGAACCUGUCCACACCGGAGCCUGCAGACCUAGGACAGCCGGGGAACUCGAGGAGUGCUCGGCGGAGGCUGCUCUGCUGAAGGUGAAUCACCGCGUCCAAUUGCCUUUCCCUAGAGAACCCGGGGGAGGGCGGGAGAGGGGGAACGUGUGAGCGCGCGUUUGUGUGCAAGGGAGAGACGACGCGGGGCGAGAGGAAAAGUCCUCGCUCGCCGCUCAAAGCAAACAAAUCGGAGAUGGAAUAAGAGCGGCGGUUGCUGGAGCCCGCCUGGAUCCUCGCAGUCGCGGGAGCCGAGCGCACCGCGCGCAGCGCAUCGCCGGGGACAGCGGGCGACCGCGGGCGCCGCCGGGGGUUUUGGGGACUUUGGCUCUCCCCCUCGGUCAACAAACCUUCUGAUUACUUUGACACUGUGGGAUAAAGAGCAGAGCCUAGGGACCGGCCUCGCGCGCUGCAUCUUCCUUUGGCUUCGGGGAGGGGGGACCCCAGCUUGUAUGUGAAGACACUGCCGAGCCCCCUUUAGCCUUCGGAGGAGGCGGCACUCACGCGUACGCAGGGCCACACUCGCUCGCCCUCCGCGAGCACACACCGGUGGACUUCAGGUCCCUAUGCCCCUGGAUGGUGCCAGAGGACCGGCAUCUCGGAAGCGAUGCAGGAGCGGUGAGGCUGGCGUUGGCCCGCGGAAGCUACAGGACCAUCACUAGGUGCUGCCGCCACCGGGACGCCCGGCUGCAGGAUGAAUAAGAGAUACUUACAGAAAGCAACACAAGGGAAGCUUCUGAUCAUUAUUUUUAUAGUGACCUUGUGGGGGAAAGCUGUUUCCAGCGCCAACCAUCACAAAGCUCACCAUGUUAGAACGGGGACUUGCGAGGUGGUGGCGCUGCACAGAUGCUGUAAUAAGAACAAGAUAGAAGAACGGUCCCAAACGGUCAAGUGCUCCUGCUUCCCUGGGCAGGUGGCAGGCACUACCCGAGCUGCUCCAUCUUGUGUGGAUGCAUCCAUAGUGGAACAAAAAUGGUGGUGUCAUAUGCAGCCAUGUCUGGAGGGAGAGGAAUGUAAAGUCCUUCCAGAUCGCAAAGGAUGGAGCUGUUCCUCUGGAAACAAAGUAAAAACAACUAGGGCAAACGUGUAAAACUCUUCACGUUGGAAUGGCGGAAAUAGAAAAAGGAGGUUUCUGCAGUGCCUGGUGACAAUUUUUGAUUUUCCACAUUCAAAAUUAUUCUGGCUCCACGCUGGAGCGGUGGUUAUGGCGAAUCCUAGUGUUGGUCGGAUUCUGAGGAAGGGACAGAAGUGUCCUUGAGAAGUAGAGAUCCCAAACAACUCCAGAAAUGAGCGCCUGUCUCCUCAUUUCUCACAGAGCAGCAGGUAACUCAUUAACGACUCCUAAAUCAAGUAAUCCUCAAGGCUGGGUUCACGGAGACAUCAGCAUAGAAACUGGACUCCUACAGUGACCUGGAAGAUUUUUAUAACUCUCCGAAGAGACAUUUAAAACCCAUUUCCAAGGAAUUCUAUGGCUUGUCCUCUAAUUCCUACUGAAACUAAGACUUUAAAGAAGUCUGAAGUGAACUUUGGGUGCUGAAGACUUCGUCAGCUGUGAACUGUGCUUGGCUCAUGAUGUUUCUGAGGGAAGCGGAACUCUGCUCUCACGGAGCCGGGAUAGGGUUGGUUUUCUGGGCUGACACCAGAGACCGUCACCUGUAAGAUUUUCUGGCCUCAGCUGUGACUGCUCUUGUGUCUGAAGCUGUCUCCCAAGCACACUGUCCCGUCAUGGAUGUGCUCCUGGCUCCUUUCUUCCUUGUCUAAUAGGACUGUGCACAGCUUUGAUGACGUUCCCUUUGCAAACUCUUCCGGCAUGGCAUAGACCGAGACAAUUAAUUUUAUUGGUAUUCUAACCUUGAAACCCUGAAAGCCUACAUGUUUUAACAUCUUGCUUUUGCCUCUGUAAAAGGAAUAGAAGUAUUUAUCCACGGAUAAUGAUACUCAUUGGCAAAUCACAGUGAUCUGACUACGUCCCUCAUAAAAGAAUGUGUAGGCGAGCUGGCACAUUUCCCCAAGGCUAAUACGGACUGCAGCUCUCUGACAGUUAAACAGAUAGCAGUUAGGACUGGGUUCCAAUUCCCAUUACACAGUACUCUGUGCCUCCAGUGCACCCUUCCUUCCAGUUUUUUUUAAAGUGUAUUUUCUUUUUUUAUAUUUCCUUUUACUUUCCUUCACAGAAAUCAUCAAUGUACAGUCAACUUAGCAGGUAGCUUUUGAUUUAAAAAAAUAAAAUAAAACAGGCCAGGGAUGCAUGUGCUUCUCUAAUUUCUCAUCACUUACAUUUCUUCUAGCAUUUUCUUAAACUAUCCUUUCUGUCUUGUUUUAAUAUCAUCUCUUGCUCGAUUCCAAUGACUGCUUGAAUGCUUAUAUAUUUGUUCAGUCUGUGGAUAGAAAAAAAAAUCUGUUGAUUUUCCUUGACCACAAAGGUCUAAAUACGUGCUUAUGGUUGUUCUAUUCAAAUAAUUCUUGGCCAGUAUUUUGUCCAUAUUUUCACUUGUGCUUUUAGUUCUUCAGGAGUUUUCUUACAAAUAUUUAAAGGCCUUAAACAUUGAUUUACCUUUUUCUAAGUUAUUACAGAAUGUAUAAUUUUGUACGGCAUUUAUUUUGUUUCACUUGUGAAGCGGGGGAAGGGAACAGUGGUUACGGCCACCCUAUAAUAAUAGUACAAUGUAAACCUAUAGUUUGAAGGAACAUAAAGGCAAGGGUUUUUUCCAUGUCUUGUUUAUUUUAACUUGAUCGAAAUGCUUCACAGAUCAUGCCAUUAGAUGGUCCAUCAUUUUAGUAAGAGAGUGAAGCUGUUUGGGACUUCUUGUAUUUCUAGAACUCAUUGGCAAAGCCAGUUAACCUUGUGUUGGUUUCUAGGAUGGAGGUUCACAUAUUCUAGAGAAGAAUCUGUAUCUGUUAGUCUGUAACAAUACUCAAAAAGAGUCACACGUUAACUAGAACCCUUUAGUAGGAAGAAGAGCUAAAAUUGUUAAAAAGUGUUAAAAAUUAAAUCGGAAAAAACCACACUUUUAAUACUGAGCAAAAGUCAACUGCCUCAUGAAUAUGUGGAAUGAAGCGAUUCCCACCUCACUUUUAACUUAAAACCUGUUGGGUGGUCCAAGUCUACACAGAGUCAAAAUGAGAGGAGUAACGAUUGUGCUGCACUUUCUCUGUCAAACGAAGCACCACUACUUCCUCUGGAACAAAAAUGAAAAACUAUCAUUUGGGAUAUUAAGAAUUUAUCCUAGGUUUGUUUGAAAUUACGAAUCAUGCUUCUCAUUUUGAAAACUAUGUUAUUUAAACCAACGCUGGAAUUUCUGUAUUAUAUAAAAGUGUAAUACAUGUCUAUCGAUAGAAAAAAAAUAAAUGGAAUUUCAAAUAUAUGAUCUAGAAUAUUCCCGGUAGAUUAAUGUUGUGACUAUUCGGAAAAAAAUAAAUAAAAUUGGAAUAUAAAGUGGACUCACUUUCACAAGUAAAAUGUGGAGAAUCUG